UGGGGUUGCUCGAGUGCGUAUAAAGUCAGGAAGAAUCGGUCGAUUUUCGUCAGUGGAAUUGGCUCGAAUCACAGAGUCGACUCAAUUCGGUCAAACGAAGCCUUUUUCACCAAGAAGUUCAUCAUGGGUCAUCGUUGUCCAGUUAUUAGCACGCUCGUAUUCGUCCUUCUGACGUCAGCGUCCGCCUGGCCGUUCCAGCGCCGAGACAUCCUGGACAAUUCAGUGGAUAGUCCCGAGGGAGUGAUUGCUCAUUUACAGCACUUCGGAGAGCUUCUCUACCAGUUCCCGGACAACGCGACCGGACAGAUUGUGGCGAACUGGCACGAGGGUUUGGACAUUAAUCCGGAAGAGUUGGGUAGCUACGCGGAGGGUGAUAUUCUGUUCCCACCCCAGCUGGGCAAGAAUGGCCUCAAGGCGGAAUCUGCCCGAUGGCCAAGUGGUGUCGUUCCUUAUAUAAUCAGCCCAUAUUUCAAUGAAAACCAGCGAAAACUGAUCCAUGACGCCAUGAACGAUUACCACAAGUACACAUGCAUCAAGUUCAAACCUUACACCGGCGAAGAAAACGAUUAUAUCAGGAUCACUGCUGGCGAAACUGGCUGUUGGAGUAGCGUGGGUAGAAUCGGUGGUCGACAAGACGUGAACUUACAGGUUCCAGGCUGCGUUGUCAAAAAGGGCACGGUGAUACACGAAUUGAUGCAUGCGAUAGGAUUCUUGCACGAGCAAAGCAGAUUCGAGCGAGACGAGUUCGUUAGGAUACAAUGGAAUAACAUUUUGAAUGGUCAUGCUGGGAAUUUUGAGAAAGCCUCCAGACAGACCACUGACGCGUUUGGUGUCGGAUAUGAUUACGGUAGCGUAAUGCAUUACUCUGCUGGCGCGUUUUCGAGGAACGGCCAGCCUACCAUAGUCCCAAAGACUGCAACUAAUAUACAAUUGGGUCAACGAGAAGGAUUCAGUAAGAGAGACAUCCAAAAAAUACGCAAGAUGUACAGAUGCAGCAAACGCAGGCGAAGCAGUUAUUACUAAUUCAGUGUAAUUUGGAUGGAAUUUUUUUAUAUGACAUUGGCUUGCAAAGGAGGAGAAGAAGGGCGUAAGAAUCUAGUCCUUUAUUAUUAAGAUUACAUAAUUUAAGUUGUAUGACGAUAAUUGAAGAACAACGGUAAUUCGAAUAGACGAUUUUCCAUUGAUAUUGGGAGAAUGUAUGCGAUCAGGAUUUGUGUACGUUUCAUUUGUGUACGUGUGUCGUGUGUGAUAAAUAUUACUAUUAAAUGCAUUUAGUAUUUAGGGUUGUGAAAUGAGCGACUAUAAGGAAAGAUUGUAACCAUAGAUGUAUGUGAAAAAUAAAUGCACUAUACAAAAAUUCAA